UGUAGCUGUUUUUAUGGGGUUUGUAAAUGCUUUCCUGCCCUUUUUGAUCGUGUCGCCAAUGCUAAAGGAAUGCUUGCUGUUCGUGGACUUAAAGCGGUACUCCGGAUAAGCAUGGUGGCGAAUCACAACCGCCAUGUCGCAGUGUUAUGCAGAUAUUUGUGACUUUUUAUAAAGAGAACGCUUGCCAGGCGAAAACCCACUACGUCCUGGAACACUGCUGCCGAACUGUUUACUGGAACGGUGUAAACCCGAAUCACCCAGCUGGCACCACGAGGAGGUUGUUCGGCUAGCCAGUAAACUAAUUACCUAAAUAGAGCGUCUCAAUGUCCCGUGGGCUCUUAGUUUCUUACUGACACUGGAUACAAGACGCCCAUUUGGUGAUUACCUUUAUCGGCCAUGGACACUUACCUGACCUGAGCAAUGUUUGGCUGUCUCCUGCCCUUCCAGCUCACCAUGAAGUACCUUCUCUAUCCACGAAUGUCUUCGUGUUGCCGACAUUUAUGAACUUUUUUCUUUUUUUCCUCGACUUACUUUCUCCGAUAUACUUUCAUUUUUAGUCAUAUUCUGAUGAGCUUACCCGAAGGCUGGAUCGCAAAAAUCAGCAACUCCACAGGAAAGACAUAUUAUGUAAAUACGGAAACACAGGAGUCUCAAUGGGAGUUUCCUGGUAAUGUCACUCAUUCGCCUGAGGAAAUUCGGUGUCUUCAUUUGCUGGUUAAGCACCGUGGCUCUCGAAGGCCUUCUUCCUGGAAAGAGGCUAAUAUUACCCGUUCCGAAGAGGAUGCACUCACCAUAAUUAAAGGAUUCAAGAAACGUAUCGAAACGGGUGAAGUCUCGUUUGAAAACCUUGCACGCACCGAAAGCGAUUGUAGCUCUGCCCGUUCUGGUGGGGAUUUAGGUUACUUCCGCCGCGGCCAAAUGCAAAAACCCUUCGAGGACGCUGCCUUCAAACUAAACGUUGGCCAGAUGUGCGGCCCUGUACACACUGAUUCUGGUGUUCAUUUAAUUAAACGCAUUGGUUGA